AUGGAGAAAAUAGAGAAAAUAAAUCAAAAUAAAUAAAAAUAAAUAUAAAAACUCUGAUUUUAAAGUAUAUUUUCUUGUUUUUUUACAAGAUUAUCUCGAAUUUCAAGAUUAUUUCUCUAGAAACCGAAACAUUAAUCGCGAACUGCGUAUUGUCUCGGGACUGGAAUAAUUACUGCAAAAGAUUAAGAUAAUAAUUAAGCAAGUUGUUUCUGUAUCUUUAAACAUUGCUUUUGACAUUUCUUUUCUACAUUUUCUGCCGGAUAUAGAAUGGACGUUACUAUUAAUCGAAUUGUGGAGGCAAAAGGAUUAAGUGAAGGUCCACAUUGGGAUCAUCGUUCUCAAAAACUCUUCUUCGUCGAUAUCUGGAAUAACAAAAUUUGUCGUUAUGAUCCAGAAACUUCUCAAGUGACUUCUGCGUAUAUAGCAAAUGGACCAGUGGGUGUGGCGAUUCCAGUUGACGAUGGAGAUCAGUUUCUGGCCGGUUCGGGUCUUGAUUUUGUUUUAGUAACGUGGAAUGGAGAAACAAAUACAACAAACCCACCAAUUAGAACAUUAAAAAGUGUUAAAAAAAUUAAUAAUGGGACUCGAUUUAAUGAUGGCAAAGCCGAUUCUUCAGGACGAAUUUGGGCAGGCACAAUGUCGGAGAAUAAUGGAGAUUUCACGCCAAAUGGAGGAGAAUUUUACUCAAUGGACAAAAAUCUGACAGUGAAAACGCAAAUUACACCUGUUUCCAUCAGCAACGGUUUAGCCUGGAAUUUAAACGACGACACAUUUUAUUACAUCGAUUCUCCGACGAGGCAAAUUGUCUCCUAUGAUUUCGAUUCCAAAAAAGGAUCCAUCGCCAAUAAGAAAGUCGUUUUCGAUCUGGCGAAGAAUAAUUUACCAGGAGUUCCGGACGGAAUGACAAUCGACUUAGAUGACAAUCUUUGGAUCGCUCUGUUUGGCGGCGCGCAAGUAAUUCACGUGAAUCCAAAAACGGGAAAACUAUUGAGAUCGAUUCAAAUGCCAGCGAAAAGAGUAACUAGUGUUGCGUUCGGUGGACCAAUGUUGGAUAUUCUGUACGUCACCACUGCAGGUUAUGGAAUUUCUAAUCCGGAGGAGAAAACCCCCGAGGACGAUAAGAAGGGAGGAUCGCUUUUCGAAGUUAAAGGAACUGGAGUUCGGGGUGUUUUGCCAAACACUUUUACGAUGACUGACGAUUAAAGUAAAUCUAUAAUUUCGUUUUUGUGACGUGCUCUGAAGAAAAGGAUCUUGAAACGAAUUUUUGUCACAAAUUUAUCCUUUUUGUUACUUUUUAAAGAUUAAAAAUCGAAAUUAGUAUUUGGCGUAAUGAUUAAAGGUUUUUGAUACUAAUAAUUAAAUCAUUAAAGAAAUAAUUAAUUAAAGUCCAAAAAGGAAAUACUUCCAUGAAGCAAUAAGUUGCAGGCAUAAAAAUUUCGGCUAAAAAUUCCUUUCUUCAGAGCGUAAUCACUUUUUUGCAUGAACAGUUGAUUUAAGAAAUUACUUCUUUAAGCAAUUAUUGCUUUUUAAAAAUAAUUGAGUUAUUAAUAAUAAAUAAAUGAAGUCAAUUAAUAA